AUAAUCCAGGUCCGGUCCCAGGUAGAUUAUAUCCCGUUCCAGUAUUGUUAUACAUGUGGCAUGCCCCAAUCUAUUUGUUUAGGGUGGCAGGCCCGUCAGCCAUGUACAUGGCGUGGUGCAUUGGUUCCACCCAUUGCCGGGAUGUUAUAUGGACCGCACGGGGAGGCCGUAGGGUUUAGGGUUAGGGUUAGGGUUAGG